AUGUAUAGAAAUUUGGGUUAAUCCUAUUAAGCAAUGAAUAUUAUACAUGAGGAAAAUGGUAAUUAAUUAUGGUUGGGUGAUUAUACAGCUGCCUAAGACAAGUCUACUCUUGAUAAUAAAGGAAUUAGAACAGUUUUAACAGUUGCAUGUUAACUUAAUAUAAAAUAUAAUGAUUAGAAUAUGAAUCAUAAAGUAAAAAUUAUACAUAAUAUUAUAGACAUAUUCAAUUCUUGAUUCAGAAUAAGCAAAUGUGGCUUAAUUUUUUGAUGAAUCUUUUUAUCUUAUUAAAAAUGGAUUGAAAUUUGGAUCUGUUCUUGUACAUUGUGCUGCUGGAGUUUCAAGAUCAGCAUCAAUAGUUAUAGCUUAUCUUAUGAGAAAUAAAGGAUGGACAUAUAGUGAAGCUUUUUCUUAUGUUAAAAGUAAAAGAUUUGUCAUUUGUCCAAAUAGUGGUUUUUAACGAUAAUUGAAAAAUUAUGAGAAAUAAUUAAGACAAUCAAAAGAAUAAGAAAAAUUAAAUAAUAAUAAAGAAUUAGAAUGUAGUUAACAUAUUGUUUCUGAUAAAUAAUAAGAUAAUGUUAAUGUUCUUGAAAUUAAAAAAUCUGAAUAAUUAGUAAAAUUGGGUAAUGAAAAAAAAGUAGAGUCUUCUAUUUAAAAUGAAUUUAGAUAGACUAAUAAAAAUAAUGAAUUCUUAGGAAAUAAUUAAAAAUAAGAAACUAAAUCAAAUUUUAGAGUAUAAAAUAGAAAUUGUAUGCUUACUUCUAAAUUUAAUAAUACAAGAACAAAUAUGUAAUAAAAUAAAAUCAAUUUAUAAACUAUGUAAACAACAUACAAUUCAUCUUAUGCUGGACCUUAAAUUGUUACACAUGCAUAAAAUAAGUUAUUUGAUAAAUAUCCUUUAUCGAUUUUACCUGGAAUUUCUGGAAAAUCUAAUUAUAACAUAAAUAAUAGAAGAAAUCAAUGA